AUGCCAAAAAGUAGUCUGAUAAGUUGUGUUUUUAUUUGCUUUGCAAUUUGUGUUAUAGUUAUUCGCUUUGAAAUUUAUCAUGAUGAUGCCAAGGCAGAAGAGCACUGUCCGCCAGCUUCUUGUGGGGAUCUCCAUGACAUUAGGUACCCGUUUCGCUUGAAAAGUAAUGGUACUUCUGCUAACAAUUGUCAAAACUCUCCAGCUGAACUUUCAUGUGAGCAGAAUCGCGCCAUUUUAAAACUUUUCAAUGGUAGAUAUUAUGUCUUGGGAAUCGAUUAUGAAUCCCAUUCAAUCCAGGUUGUGGAUCCUGGUCUACUAAGUGAUACUUGCCCCUUUAGGCCGAUUCACCGUUUGACAACAGAUGACUUAUACAACACAGGCCCUUACUACCCGUAUAAUCCGAAUCAUGACAGCGACUACCGGCAUUAUGACAGGUACUACCCGUAUUAUGACUAUCCUGUAAGCUUCCAUGAUUGCCGGUCGAAAGUUGAGUCCCCAGACUACAUAAAAAUCAAUUGCAGUAAUAGCUCAUCGUCGUGGUCAUCUACUACAUAUUCUUACAUUAUGCUGGGAGAUAGUGUGUCUCAUCUUCUACCAUAUUGUAAUAUCACCAGCAUCACCCUUUCCAUGUUAUACGAACCUGAUGCCCUUUCAUUUUCUUUCAUCCGCGAUGAGUUGAGAAAGGGCUUUCAACUUGAUUGGUCCGAUCUUCUACCGUCUCCUACCGUAGAGAAAUCUAUCGAAGAGUCUCCUACCGCACCGCCUUCUAUCGCACCGUCUCCUACCGUACCGUCUUCUAUCGCACCGUCUUCUACCGUCUUGUACUGCUACAGCCGACUCCAUCCCCUCUAUUGUUUCGGUAGAUACUUGAAAGAAGAGUUUGUACGAGCCGCCAUCAUCACCGGAUUCAGUCUGACUGUACGAAUGGCACUCAGCAUCAAUAUUUUGCUGUUUUUCUUGUUGUACAAACUGUCUUGGAAAAAGAUCCUGAAGGACGAUGAUAAGGCCGUUGAAGAAUUCUUGGAUGCAUACAAGAAUCUUAUGCCAAGCAGGUAUUCAUAUUCAGAAAUUAAGACGGUGACGAAUUCUUUCAAAGACAAACUUGGUCAGGGAGGUUUUGGUUCUGUUUAUAAAGGAGAGCUAUCAAAUGGUCAUCUUGUUGCAGUAAAGAUGUUGAAUGAUUCCAAAAGUAAAGGGCAAGAUUUCAUCAAUGAAGUUGCCACAAUAGGAAGGAUUCAUCAUGUCAAUGUGGUGCAACUAAUUGGAUUCUGUUCUGAGGGGUCUAAAAGAGCUCUUGUUUAUGAAUUCAUGCCUAGUGGAUCCCUCGACAAAUAUAUAUUGUGUGAUGCAGAAAAUAAUCCUACUCUAAGUUGGGAUAGAAUGCAUGAGAUAGCUCUAGGGGUGGCUCGUGCAAUUGAAUAUCUACACCAGGGAUGUGAUAUUCAAAUUCUACAUUUUGAUAUUAAGCCCCACAACAUUCUCCUUGAUGAAAACUUUAAUUCCAAAAUUUCAGACUUUGGGCUUGCAAGAUUUUACCCGAGAGAUCAGAACACUAUUUCUGUUACUGCAGCAAGAGGCACAAGGGGAUAUAUAGCUCCAGAAAUGUACUACAGAACUAUUGGUGGUGUUUCCUACAAAGCUGAUGUUUAUAGCUUCGGAAUGUUGUUAAUGGAAAUAGCAGGGAGGAGGAAAAACUUGAAUCCAGAUGUAGAUGAUUAUGUUCACAGGUUGCUUCACAGGUUGCUGAGAUGAUUAUGUUCGUCUGCCUUUCUUGCCCGCUCCUUCUCAGAGGCUUUCAUUCCCAGGAGGUCGUGCGCAAUGUUAGCUUCAUAUGCAUCUACAUGCAGGCGCAACCAAAAUUCUGGCAUAGUUCGUGUGUCCAGUUUUCACUUAUGUGGCUGAUUUUUUCUUCUUGUAGAUUUGUUCAUGAGGGGGAAGUUUCCCUCUCUUCUAUUUCGCUGUUAAUUUUGUUUUCUCCCUUGAACGAUGUAUUUUUCUCCUUUCUUAUUAAUAAAUUGAGUUGGGGGACGGGCGGUGGGUUCCCAGAGUGGGGCAGACCCUUCACCUUCGGGUUUGAGGGUGGGACUUGUGCCCUGCA